AUUUUUUUGCAUCAUACCAUUACAAGGCGACCGUGUUUGCGGUUGUUCACGUACGUCUUGUGUUCACAAUGAAUGCCAAGAUUGCUGUAGUGCUGUCGCUUAUCGCGUGUGUUAUCAACUGCGUCGGCCUGGCGAUCCCUUACUGGCUUGUAGCCUCGAAAGAUGAGGCCGGCCUUUCAAUCAGCGUCAAUUCAGGCAUUUGGUUAGUGUGCUACCAUGGGGUAAUUUAUGGAUUACAAGUGGACAAAUGUAAUUCUUAUGACGAUCCAAAGAUACUAACUGUCCCUAAUAACAUACUGCAAGUAAGGUACAUUGAGAUCACGGCCUCCAUACUGAUGUUUGCAUCCACAAUAUGGGGAUUCAAUCCUCCAAACGCGAACACCAAACCACCAGGGGUCAUAUGUAUCAUAGCAGGUAUUCUGGCUCUUGUCGGGUGCAUAUUGUUCGCGACUAACAGCGACAUCAAGACUCUCGUGACCGCAGAGGGCACAGAUUACCACGAGCACGCAGGGUUCGCCUUGUGUAUCAUAGCCGGAGUAUUCAGUCUGGUCAGCGGGGUGCUAUACAUGAUUGUUAAAAAUGACACGCCGUAAAUGCUUGAAAGCUAGUGACAUUUGUUUCAUUUUUGAUUCUUAACAUCAUAUUUCGUUUAAUUAAUCAAGAAAAAUAAGUCACAACGUUUUUUUGGUUAGUUUAAACCUAUUUAUUUUAGCUCGAUUCCAUCGAAAGCCUAAAGCUUAUAUAAACGCUCUCGAGUCCGUUUCCUGGGCCAAGAACCAGUACUUGGUGUCUUUGGGGGAGAUCUAAAGAACGCUUCCACGGUGGGGAUCGAACCCAUGAUCUCCCGGUCGCUAGGCGGACACCAUAUCCAUAUCCAUUUCACCAAUGCGACCUCAUUUUUUUGGUUGAUCAUCAAUGUAUAAGAAUGUUCAAUGCCAUAGGAACAAACCCUCUCGUGAGUUUUGCUCAUUCGUUUCUGUUGCAGACAUUUCCCAUGUAAACAUGUAUUUUGAAGUUAUAUCACCGUUAAUGUAUAUAUAUAUAUAUGUUCACUUCAAUGAAAACUAAUGAUGAGUUAUUGUUCAAUGGACAUGCUCGCAAAAUGUUGAUCGAAUUUGAUAUCGUUGCAUAAAAACAUGUUAAUUAACAUGACUCGUUAAAUAAACGGCCUAAUGAUAA